GUCUCACUGUAGUCGAGCAGAAGGAAGUUGUUUCUGUGCUUGAGGCAGGAAAAGGGGCUUACGUGUCAGCGCUAACUGUCAUUGCUUUCUUCUCUUUGAGUUUAGGCAGAGCCCCUGAAACCAAGACCCUCAAUUUGGAGAAGGUUGGCGUGGAGAUCAACAAAGAAACUGGGAAGAUAAUUUUGGCCGCUGAUGAAGCCACAUCUGUGCCAAAUAUUUUUGCAAUCGGAGACAUCGGUGAGGGUCGUCCCGAGUUGACCCCGACAGCCAUUCAGGCCGGAAAGCUCCUGGCCCGUAGACUGGUGGGCCAUUCCGAUGAGCUCAUGAAUUAUGAGAAUGUGGCCACUACAGUGUUCACUCCACUAGAGUACGGCUGUGUAGGUCUGUCUGAAGAAGAGGCUGAAAAGAGACACGGCAAAGACCAGAUUGAGGUGUACCAUGCCUUCUACAAACCGCUCGAGUUCACUGUGGCUGAGAGAGAUGCCACUCAAUGCUAUAUAAAGGUGAUUUGUCUACGGGAGGGUGAGCAGCGCGUGCUGGGUCUGCAUUUUACUGGGCCGAACGCCGGUGAGGUCACACAGGGCUUUUCUUUGGGCUUCCAGUGUGGGCUUACCUAUGGACACCUCAGGAACACGGUCGGGAUACACCCCACCUGCGCCGAGGAGCUCACCAAACUCAACAUCACUAAACGCUCCGGUCUUGACGCCACGGUAACGGGCUGCUGAGGUUAAGCAUCCCUUCCCUGAUCACACGAGCACACGGGAACCAGUAAACAGGGUUAUGAUCAUGUGAGUUAUGGAGUUACAGGAAGCAUCUCAUGAAAAUUCAGCAAGUCUCUCUUUCAGUCUUUGCUUUAAAACCUCUUCCGUUUUGAUCUCGUCUGUGUGCACAUCAGGGCCAUAUCUUUGAUCUUCGAAUGACCACAGAAUGCAAAUCUAUUUCAGUUUAAAAUAUGAUAUUUCAUAUGAUAAUUCCAGAGGUCAGUGCUAACAAGUACGUGCUUCUUUACUUUACCUCUAUGAGUCAUCACUUUUAAACCAAAUCCAGGGGAGUUCGGCUAGCUUUUCACCACAAGUGAAGAUAAUCCAAUAAGGUCCUCACGUUUGCUCUACAGAAUACGGUCACAGAUCCAGGUUAGAGCAACACGAACCGCAAGCGCCGCUGCGAACAGAUAAACACGGCCAUAAAUCAGGAUUAAGCCCCCUUUACAGUUUGCUGAAAUAAGAACCGUUGGAGAAAGUGGCCUAAUGUUUCUGAAAUAUAUUCUGCAAAUAUUGUUGUUUCUCUGGUUGUACUUCCUGUCCAUUAGUCAUGCGCCACUCCUGACACUGAUGGAUGGGAUAGGCCCGUCGCUGCGCUGACACCACCCCUUUUCCCAGGGACGUAGACAAACACUCGGUGAGCGGCGUGUCACUCAAACGCAGAACCCGGUCGUGGACAGAGUGAGCGCUUGUUUAGUCCUGGACUUCAGGAGGUUCCCCAGUGCACAGCGGGAGCAGAGAGUACGCAGUACAAUAACAUACUCUCCUGCCCCUGAUGUCUCUGCUUAAAGCCUAAAAGAAGUCAGUACCACCGGCGACCUAAAGGUGGCAGUGUUUGCUUCCUUUUCCCCCGUUCUUCACUCGCACGUGGGGAUAAUAAUCUCAGAGCUGAGUAGUCAUUAUGAAUUCAAGUCACAGUUAAUCACUGGCAGAAUGUUAAGAUUAAUUGAACACUUACUGGGCAUUUAUCGCUCCAUAGGUUUAGCUUAUCUGUUGUUUGUGUACUUGGCUAAUAGCUUUGGCCCAUGGUGCUGCCGCCCGCUUUGAGGGAAGUUAAACUGCAACUAUUCCCAGAAGUUCAAUUCAUUUUGUGACUGGGAAUCUGUGUACUUUCAAACCAGAUAUAGUAUGAAAAGCAUAUGUGCAUUUUGAAACAUACUGAUAUAUAAUAUGUCAGCAGAUGCAAAUCUAAUUGUAAUGCAAGAUUUAAA